CCCCUUUCCCGGAACAGGAAGUAACCAUCCGCUGCUGACGUUGUUGAUAGUGUCCGAGUACGAAAUAAGCUAUGGCGUCCACGGAUCCGUCCCUGUUGGACAUCACGGACAAAGACGUGCGAGAGAAGCUAUCGCUGUGGGACCGCCGCGGCGAGCCGACCGCCCCGCUGACCGACGCGCAGAGCGACUCGGUGGCGGAGGUCCGAGCCGCCGCGGAGAUCCUGCCCGUCCCAUCAGAGCUCCCGAUCGAGGACCUGUGCAGCCUGUCCUCGCGCUCGCUUCACUCCCCCUUCAGCACCACCGUGCCCGACUCCACUGAGGACGUCCUGCUGAAGGGCUUCCAGAUGCUGGACAUGGAGAACGCCCGGAUAGAGACCGCCCAGCAGUUCUUCUCCUGGUUCGCUAACCUGCAGACGAAGAUGGAUCUGGAGGAGGGGGAGCAAUACAGGAAGACGCGGGAGCACUUCCACUCGUACCAGGAGCAGUGCGACGCCAUCCUGGCGGACGUCCACGCGGCGCUGGACCACCUGGACACGCUCCAGAAGCAGUACCUGUUCGUCUCCAACAAGACGGGCACCCUGCACGAGGCCUGUGAGCAGCUGCUGAAGGAGCAGGCAGAGCUUGUUGACCUGGCAGAGAGCAUCCAGCAAAAACUCUCCUACUUUAACGAGCUGGAGAACAUCAACACGAAGUUGAAUUCGCCCUCGCUGUCGGUGAACAGCGAAGGCUUCAUCCCCAUGCUGUCGAAGCUGGACGACUGCAUUGAGUACGUGUCUUCACAUCCCAACUUCAAGGACUACCCGGUGUACCUGGCCAAGUUCAAACAGUGUCUCUCCAAAGCCGUGCACUUCAUGAAGAGCCACAUCGUCAACACCAUGCACAACCUCACCAGCCAGCUCACCAAGCGGGACCCUCUGGGCCUGGCCAACGCAGACAAUGCCUUCACCCUGUACUACGUCAAAUUCAGAGCGGCUGCGCCCAAAGUCAGAACGCUGAUUGAACAGAUCGAAGAACGGGCGGACAAGAUCCAAGAGUACCACAACCUGCUGGAGGCGGUCCACCAGUGUUACCUGGACCAACGAGAGCGCUUGCUCAGCCCCAGUAUCACCUCCACCAUCACCGACCUGACCAGCCAGAACAGCAAGGACCACUGCGCCCUGGUCCGCAGUGGCUGUGCCUUCAUGGUCCACGUCUGUCAGGACGAACACCAGCUCUACAACGAGUUCUUCAGCAGACCCUCCCCCCGCCUGGACGAGCUGCUGGAGAAGCUGUGCCUGUCGCUGUACGACAUGCUGCGGCCGCUCAUCAUCCACGUCAUCCACCUGGAGACGCUGUCGGAGCUCUGUGGCAUCCUGAAGAACGAGAUGCUGGAGGACCACGUCCACAACAACGCGGGCCAGUUGGGGGCCUUUGACGCGGUGGUGAAGCAGAUGCUGGAGGACGUGCAGGAAAGGCUGGUGUACCGGACCCACAUCUACAUCCAGACGGACAUCACGGGCUACAACCCCGCGCCCGGAGACCUGGCCUACCCAGAGAAGCUGGAGAUGAUGGAGAGGAUCGCCCAGAGCCUGAAGGAGGAGCAGAUCAAGCUGCUGUCCCAGGAGGCCUCCUUCUCCGACGUCCGCCUGGAGGACCCCGGCUCGCGGCGGAGCAGCACCUCCAGCGUGACGGAGGCGUCGCGGAUGCAGGCCUCCAUCUCCCCGGCGGACCUGCACGGCAUGUGGUACCCCACGGUGCGCCGCACGCUGGUCUGCCUCUCCAAGCUGUACCGCUGCAUCGACAGAGCCGUGUUCCAGGGUUUAUCUCAGGAGGCGUUAUCGGCCUGCAUCCAGUCGCUGCUCAAGGCCUCGGACAUCAUCCUCAAGAAUAAGACUCAGGUAGACGGGCAGCUCUUCCUGAUCAAACACCUGCUGAUCAUGCGCGAGCAGAUCGCCCCGUUCCACACCGACUUCGCCAUCAAGGAGAUCUCCCUGGACCUGAAGAAGACCCGAGACGCUGCCUUCAAAAUCCUCAACCCCAAGGCUGUUCCCAAAUUCUUCCGACUUAACAGUCACAACGCCAUCCUGGAGUUCCUGUUGGAGGGGACCCCAGAGAUCAAGGAGCACUACAUCGACUCUAAGAAGGACGUGGAUCGCUACCUGAAGCUGAGCUGUGAGCAGUUCAUCCAGCAGCAGACGCACAUCUUCGUAGGAACUCUGGAGGAGCUGCUUGCCAAGGUUGCGGCUCUGAAGACCAUGGCCAUCGAGGGCGGGCCCACGUACAACCUGUCGCAGCAGCCCUGGGCCCAGCCAGCCAAGAUCAACGAGAUAGUGACGGCGACCUACCGCGUGAUGAAGGGCAAGCUGCCGGCCACGCUGCAGAGCAUGUCUCUGUACCUGGCCAACAGGGACACCGAGUUCAUCCUCUUCAAGCCCGUCAGGAACAACAUCCAGCAGGUGUUUCAGAAGACCCACGCCCUGCUGCAGGAGGAGUACAGCGGGGAGGACCUCCAGAUCAUCGCCUGCCCCUCCAUGGAGCAGGUUAACCUGCUGCUGUCGGUGAGCAAGUAGCCGGCGGCGGCGCAGCCGCGACGUAGCGGCGCUCGCUGAUCGGAGCGGCCGGCACAGCCCAGGGGGCGGGGCUCGCUCCGUCGACCCAGCCUCUAGACACCGGGCUGGGGGCGGGUGGGGGGGGGGGGGGGGGGGGGGUCUGAGGACCGCCCGGCCGCAGUGACGACGAAGACGAAGAGGUACGGUGAAGGAGACGAUGGCGAGGAGCACCCAGACGUACCCCACCGACGCGGCGGGGGUUUGGGUUUAUACGGCGGACUGCGGUGGACCAGACGCACACGGCGCCGUCUGGGUUGGGGCUCGGGUCGGCGAGCUCGACCGUGGUGUUUGACCGCGGGCCGGGACGGUGGAACGCCUCACGAAGGAGACGUCUGCUGUGUGGGCGGGUUCUCGUUGGAGGGGCGGGUUCUCGUCUGAGGGGCGGGUUCUCAUCUGAGGGGCGGGUUCUCGCUUUGAA